AUGCCCGCCCUCUUCGACUCGCCUGACGAAUCAGGAGGAGCAGGCGAGAGCGCGCGCGGCCGCUCCGUGACCCCCACUUCGCCGGUAACCGGGAUGCUGCUUAGCAACGCAGCGGCCUUAGCAACCGAGCAGCCACCCCUUUGCAUAUACAGUAUAAAUAAAUAUAUACACACACACACUGCCCGUUUUCGUCAAAAACAAAACAAAACCGAGCUGGGCUUCUUCGUUGACAGGUUUGCCAGUGGGUCGCCGCUGGAAGUUUUGAAGCAGCCCAGGAAAGAAGGAGCAGUGGAGGCUAGAGCAGUCUGUAUAUGGCAAGAGCAGAACGAGGGGUGUGUAGGGAAUUGCGAAGGCUUCGAGACUGAGAGGGUGGUGGGCAGAGACCACGAACUGAGAAGCUAGAAUUCAAGCCUGGGUCUCUGAACGAGGAGAGAAAGGCACUGGACACUUUGCUGCAUUAAUCGUUUAUUCUGCAUCUCAAAUUCCAAAGCUGAGCUCCAGCAGAAAAUCAGGGUGGGAGAAAAGAAGCCCCACCCCACUCCUCAAAAACAUAUUUCUGGGGAUGCAAAGAAGUUUUGCAUUUUGUUGUUUAUGUUUGCCCUGGCAGGGUUAUCAUUUGUUUUGUUUUGUUUUGUUUUGUUUUCCUAGCAGGAUUCCUGUGACUUUAACAACUGCAUGA